AUGUCCAACAGCAGCUCCAACACCCAGUUCCUCCUCCUGGCAUUCACAGACACACGGCAGCUGCAGCUCUUGCACUUCUGGCUCUUCCUGGGCAUCUACCUGUCUACCCUCCUGGGCAAUGGCCUCAUCAUCACCGCCAUCGCCUGCGACCACCAUCUCCACACCCCCAUGUACUUCUUCCUCCUCAACCUCUCCCUCCUGGACCUGGGAUCUAUCUCCACUACUGUCCCCAAAGCCAUGGCCAAUUCUCUAUGGAACACCACGGCCAUCUCUUAUGUGGGAUGUGCUGCCCAGAUCUUCUUUCUAUUCUUCUUCUUUGGUGCAGAAUAUUCUCUUCUCACGGUCAUGGCUUAUGACCGUUACGUUGCCAUCUGCAAACCCUUGGACUAUGGGACCCUCCUGGGCAGCAGAGCUUGUGUCCACAUGGCAGCAGCUGCCUGGGGCGCUGGGUUUCUCCACGCAUUGCUGAACACAGCCAAUACGUUUUCCCUGCCCCUCUGCCAGGGCAAUGCUGUGGAACAGUUCUUCUGUGAAGUUCCCCAGAUCCUCAAGUUCUCCUGCUCACACUCCUACUUCAGAGAGGUUGGGCUUCUUGUAGUUAGUUUCUUUGUAGCAUUGGGUUGUUUUGUUUUCAUUGUGGUGUCCUAUGUGCAGAUCUUCAGGGCUGUGCUGAGGAUCCCCUCAGAGCAGGGACAGCACAGAGCCUUUUCUACGUGCCUCCCGCACUUGGCUGUUGUCUCCAUGUUUGUCAGCACCGGCAUGAUUGCCUACCUGAAGCCCCCCUCCACCUCCUCCCCAUCCCUGGAUCUGGUGGUGGCAGUUCUGUACUCAGUGGUGCCUCCAGCAGUGAACCCCCUCAUCUACAGCUUGAGGAACCAGCAGCUCAAGGAUGCAGUGUGGAAACUCAUGACUGUACUUUUUAAGCAUCAUUGA